AUGCUGCCCUUCGGCCUCGUGGCCGCCCUGCUGCUGGCCGCAGGGCCUCGGCCGAGCCUGGGCGACGAAGCCAUCCACUGCCCCCCCUGCUCCGAGGAGAAGCUGGCCCGCUGCCGCCCCCCUGUGGGUUGCGAGGAGCUGGUGCGGGAGCCUGGCUGCGGUUGUUGCGCCACUUGUGCCCUGGGCUUGGGGAUGCCCUGCGGGGUGUACACCCCACGCUGUGGCUCAGGCAUGCGCUGCUACCCUCCCCGGGGAGUGGAGAAACCCCUGCGCACACUGAUGCACGGGCAAGGCGUGUGCACGGAGCUGUCGGAGAUCGAGGCCAUCCAGGAAAGCCUGCAGUCCUCUGACAAGGAUGAGAGCGACCAUCCCAACAACAGCUUCAACCCCUGCAGUGCCCAUGAUCAUAGGUGCCUGCAGAAGCAUAUGGCGAAAAUGCGAGAUCGGAGCAAGAUGAAGGUGGUGGGGACACCUCGGGAGGAGCCCCGUCCUGUGCCCCAGGGUUCCUGCCAGAGCGAGCUGCACCGGGCCCUGGAGCGGCUGGCUGCCUCUCAGAGCCGGACCCAAGAGGACCUAGUCAUCAUCCCUAUUCCCAACUGUGACCGCAAUGGCAACUUCCACCCCAAACAGUGUCACCCCGCCCUGGACGGACAACGUGGCAAGUGCUGGUGUGUGGAUCGCAAGACAGGGGUGAAGCUUCCAGGGGGCUUGGAACCCAAAGGGGAGCUGGACUGCCACCAACUGGCUGACAGCUUCCAAGAGUGAGGCCUGCCAGUAGGUGGGGUCCUCAGUGCUCCCUACUAGGCCCCUGUGCUCUGGGGGCUGUAGAGUUGACCUGGCAUGGAGUUUUGGUCCGAGUCCUGGCUCUCUGCCUCUGGCCCUGCCCAAAGUUUCCCUUGAUGUGUAUGUGCAAGUGUGUGUGUGUGUGUGUGUGUGUGUGUGUGUGUGUGUGUGUGUGUGUUUAUGGGCACAAAUGUGGCCCAUGGGGUAAGCCUGAACCUAGAGUACCCACUAUGGGCGUAGAUAGCCCAAGAGGUCUGAGUGUAGCAACAGGAAGCCCCAGUAUGUUUUCAAAUCAAUCUUGAAUUCAUUCAUUCAUUCAUUCAUUCAGCCAUCUGAAAACAUGUAUUGGCAACAUACUACAUGCCAGCUUUAGUUUUCAGCCCUGGGAGGCCUCAUUCUAAUUUCCUCUGAUUGUGGUAGUCCUAUAAAGUCACCAGAGUCCUGUAGAAGAGAAACCUCAUUCUUGGAAUCAGAGAGAAAGAAAGGUGUGAACAUUGACCACUCUCCCUCUCCUCAACCUAGUCAGUGUGGGAUUGUGUGGAGUAGAAGAGGGCUUUAGGCUCAUGAGACCCACCCCCACUAUUAUGCCAAGCUUUGUUCUCAUUCCUCAGGUUCUCCAGGGGGAAGAGAUUGAGGGACAGGGCCCAUCUUUGGGUCUGGGUAUUGGGUUACCUUGCAGAUGGAGCUCUGCUGUGGGAGAGGAAUGGGGUCAGAGGAAGGCCUGAAGGGCAGGGAGUCAGGAGAGAAGAGAGGAUGCAGGAUUGGGUUGUAUGUGUCUGAUGGAGAGGAGGACACGUGUGCUGGGGGAUGAGGAGCUGAUGAGGUCCUGUCCUGGGUCCUAAUUGUGGUCUCUGGUCAUGACGUCACCGGGAUGACCCUACCUUUCCAGCUGCCCACUGCCUGUGGCCCUGCCUGCCUCCCUGUAUCCCCCUUCCAUCACAACUGUCCCACCCACUCUACCCUCCUGGGCAUUUUCUGGCUUGCCUGGAUAGACUUAGAGACCUGCUUGUUGGCUGUGAUGUCUUUUCAUUCAUUUUUUUUCUUUUUUUAAAAAAACAAAACAGAACAAAACCAAAAAGUGUCCAGAUAA